UUAUUUAUAAAAAUAAAAACAACUAAUUAGUUAAAUAUUUAAUUAACAGAAAAAAAAUAAAAUUAGUUUGAUAUAUUUCAAUAGUUUUAUAAGAUAAAUAAAAAAGGGUAAUCAAUCAGAAAAAUGAUGGAUUUAGAUCCAAAUUCAAUAGUUAACAUGCUCUCUAAUCCUGAGCAAUAUAAAAAAUCUGCGAAGCCUUAUAAGCAAGCAAUAAACUAGGGAGAUAUGAAAACUAUGCUAGUUAUGUCCUAGGUUAUUUAAGAAUGCCUUUAAAGAUAGAGGGAUGAAAAACCUAUGGUUUUACUAAAUAGCAUACGUUUUGUUAAAGAAACACUCGAUAAAUCAGCUUAAAGGAAAGAUUAUUAAGAACUAAUAGCAGAAAGAAUUUUACCAGAGAUGUUUAUUUCAGCUUAAUUUGAUAAAGAAAAAAAAGAAGAAGAUAGAGGUAAAUUUUAUUUUGGUGACAAACCUUCAAAUGAAUUGGCAAUUUUGGGAAAUAGUUUCUUUAGAUUAGUAUUAGAAUGCCUACUAGUCUGGUCUAAUUGGUUCCCAAAUACUAUGUAUUCAGAAAUUUAUCAGUAAUUGGUUUAAAUAGGAGUUACCUUUCCUGAAUAGCUCAAUUAUUUUAAAGAAGAGAAUGAAAAAAGAUAAUCAUAAAUAUCUCAAGGUAAUAUAAAUUCCAGCCAAAGGAAUAGCACGUCUUAAAAAAACCCAUCUCUUACAUAGAUACAAUAAAAUUAACAACAAGGCUCAAAUACAAGCAUACCUUAACAAGUUAUACAGAUUAAGAGUUAUUUAACAGGAUUGAACUUAAAUAUCACUCGUUCAGGAGAAUUUUCUAAAAUAUUAGUGUAGGUUCUAGUGUAGUUUUAAAAGGUAAAGGAGAGUAUUAGAGUAAAUUUGUUGAGCGAAUAAUUGAAUGUCGAAUAAUUUAACUAGAAUUUAGCAGAAAUAAAAUAAUUUAGCAAUGACUUUAAAGUUUUAAUUGAAAAGGCUCAACACAUAGAAAGUUCUCCCUCUUUCGAGUAGCAUUUAACUCGUCUUUUCAAUGAAAGUGAAUUUUCUGAUAAUUUUUUGGCAGACAUUUAAGCUUAUAAGUAGAAGUCUAUACUUUUUGAAGAAAUAAAACGUAAAUAUACUAUAAUUAUAAGACCUCUAAGAACUCAAAGCAGUAUGAGUCCAACUAAUUAAAAUGAUGAAAAUCAAAAUUUCAAUGAGUACAACAAAAAUUAUAAUCAAAAUUUAAAGUAGAAUAGUGAUUAAGUUAUAGAAUAAGGUAGUUCUCGCUUCGGACCUACAUAUAAUUAAGAAGAUAUUGAAGAAGAGGAAAAAUAUAAUUAACAAAAUAGCUAUAAAAGAAAUGAAGGAAAUAAUUUUAGCACACCCACUCCUAAUCCUGAUUACAGAGGCAAUCAUCACUAAUCAUAAUUUAGCUCUAAUAGUAGCAGUUUCAAUGUUAACAACAACAACAAUAAUAAUAAUAACUAAUUUAUCAACAGUAGUCAGUUAAAAUAAGGAUAAUCAUAAUACACUUCUAAUAUUUAGCAAGGUUCAGAAAUUAAUGGUUCUCAGCGUUUGAUUAAAAAGCAAUCAUUCAAACAUUUAUUUGAAUAAAACGAUAUGGAUAAAUACAAAAUGGAAAUGAGAAGUGGAUCGAGUUACAGAAAGAUGUCGCCUUCUCCAUCAAAUUAAUCUUCGUAUUACUCUAGUUCAAUAAAAAGUGCAGUACUUAGAAAGCCAGGAGGCGAUAGGAUGGGUAUAGAUAGCUAGAUGUCACUAUAAAAAGAGUCAGAAGAGGUGAUUAGGCUAAAGAAAUAGUUAGAAGACACAGAAAAAGAGAGAAAUAUGUGGAAGCAAAAGUAUGAAGAAAUAUACCUAGAGUUAUAAAAAUUAAAAUAAAGUUAAUGA